CCCCCUCCUCUUGGCGUAACGCUAUUAUUCCACUCCACUUAUUCCCAGUCCAGGAAAAGUCCGUUAGUCAAAGCACAGAAGAGACGCAGCGAAGAGAUGCUGUUCUACCUGAUCAAAGCGCUUCAGCUUUUUUGAUCGAUCUGAGAGAGAGAGAAAAAAAGACUUUUGGAUAGAAACAUUUAGAGACACAAAGUUUGGAGAGAAGAUAUUGGAAAGAAAAAACGUUGUGUAUAUAUAUAUAUAUAUAAAAUUAGAGACGAAAACUUUGUUUAGAAGAAAGGAAAACCAAAGGCUGAAGACUCUGGAGAGGAACGCAGCCUUUCCAAACAUCCCCAAAGUACCGGAACAGGUGCACAGAUCUAUCUAAGGAAGAAAAGAGAUGGCCUCCGCGGCUCUGGAGAUCCUGGGUCUGAUCCUGUGCGUCUUCGGCACGCUCUUGGAGAUGGUCGCCUGUGGGCUGCCCACCUGGAAGGUGACCGCCUUCAUCGAGGCCAACAUCGUGGUGGCGCAGACCAUCUGGGACGGCCUGUGGAUGUCGUGCGCCGUGCAGAGCACCGGCCAGAUGCAGUGCAAGAUUCACGACUCCAUGCUCGCGCUCAGCCACGACCUCCAGGCUGCGCGUGCGCUCACGGUCAUCUCGUCCGUCAUGUGCGUCAUCGGGCUGAUGGUGGUGAUCGCCGGCGCGCAGUGCACCAACUGCAUGAAGACGGAGAGCGUGAAGGCGCGCGUGGUGAACGUCGGAGGGGUCAUCUACAUCAUCAGUGCCAUAUUCGUGCUCGUGCCCCUGUGCUGGAUGGCCAACAACAUCAUCUCCGACUUCUACAACCCGCAGGUGCCCACGGCCAAGAAACGGGAGAUCGGCGCGGCGCUCUACAUCGGCUGGGCGGCCACCGCGCUGCUGCUGCUCGGGGGAAGCAUGCUCUGCUGCUCGUGUCCCUCCUCUGGAAGCUCCGGCUACUCGGUCAAAUACGCGCCCACCACAAGAGCAACAUCUAACGGGAACCAAGACAAGAGGAAUUACGUUUAGACGCUGUUUGGACAGAUUUCACUUGCGCAUGCUGUUUUGUGUGUUGCACCUGCAGAUGUUUCUGUUCUCAGUUGGCUGAUUUUCCUUUUUAAGCAUCCUGGACAACUGAUUGGAUCUUUUUUUAAAUUUGUUAUUUAACACGAAACUUUUGAGGAUAUGCGUUUCUGAAAGGUGGAAGUUUUAUAAUAACUUUCAACAAUAUUAACAAACAUUAUGCAAUGCUUAACAGAUCGUUUCAACACUUUGAAACAGUGAGAAAUGUCCUGAAACA